AUGUGUCUUAUUGUGUGCCUUCUACAGGACACCGUGGAGUACAAAUAUCGGUACCGGUGGCUUUACAUCCGAACCAUGGACGGCACUCGAAAGACCCUGCGUGUUGACGACAGCAAAACCCUCUCCGAGUUAAUGCUCCCCAUUUGCACGAAAAUGGGCAUAUACAAUUACGAGGAAUACCUCCUGGUUCGGGAUUUGGACGAGGCAGAGAAGGACCGGACUAUGACACUGCGGAAAUCACACCAGACCGGUAUGAGCGGGACUCUGCGUGAUGCGGAAAAGAUGGGCAAACUACGCAAAGAGCUUCACACCGAUGACGAUGUUACCUGGCUGAACCCAUCACAGAGCCUUCGGCAACAAGGUAUUGGUGAGAAGGAGAUUCUUCUCCUGCGACGGCGUUACUUCUUCUCUGACAUGAAUGUUGACGCUCGCGAUCCCGUUCAGCUGAACCUCCUUUACGUCCAGCUUAAAGAUGCCAUCCUGAACGGAACUCAUCCAGUCACCCUUGAUGAAGCCGUCUACCUGGCUGCCAUUCAAUGUCAGGUUGAGCUCGGAAACUACAAUCCGGAUAAGUUCAAGAGUGGCUCUCUAGACCUCAGAGAUUACCUCCCGAAAGAGUUCCAAAAGAUGAAGGGUCUGGAGAAGAAAAUAUUUCAGCAGCACGCUACAUUGACUGGAAUCAGUGAUGUCGAAGCCCGAGUGAAAUAUUGCCAUUUCUGUCGCUCCCUAAAAACCUACGGAAUCACCUUCUUCCUCGUCAAAGAGAAGAUGAAGGGCAAAAAUAGAUUGAUUCCACGGCUUCUUGGAAUCACCCGAGACAGCGUCGUCCGGCUGGACGAACGAACUAAAGAAGUCGUAAAAGUCUGGCCACUGACUUCCAUCCUUAAGUGGGCUGCCUCUCCCAAUGCCUUCACAAUGGAUUUUGGCGAGUACUCACCGGACGAAUAUUACACGGCACAGACAUCCGAGGGUGAACAGAUCUCUCAACUUAUCGCCGGCUACAUCGACAUUAUUCUGAAAAAGCAAAAGGCUCGCGACCACCAGGGACUUCAGGGCGACGAAGAAUCUGCCAUGUAUGAGGAGAACGUCCGUGCUGAACGGUAA